GUGGCGUAUAACGGGACGUGCGUGUGGCUUGAGCCCUGAUGAAACAGUAUUUUCUCUGUGAUUGGUGUGUAGCAGGAUGAGCAACGCAGGUGUGUACCCCCCUCCCACUGCUCCCCCAGCCAAUAUGUUCGGCAACGUGCCUGGAUAUGAGGACAUUGCAAACGGAGGUUUCAUUCCCCCCACACCUAUGAAGCAUGGACCCCUACCCCAACCGGGUCCUGCCCCCACUGAGUGGAGCAUCCCCUCACUGUCAGAGGAAGUGGCUCGUGAGGCGUUCAAGAGCUUUGCAUCAUCUAAUUGCUGCUAUAGCUCAGCACCAGCAAACGAUGGUGUCAUCACAAACAUGGAGGUGUACAACACAUACAGGUAUCGUCUGGAAACGUUCACUGAGUCCAGGUCAACUGAGUGGGCUCACAAACCCUAUGAAGGGGAGCAAGCUGACUUUUACACCCAGACCGCCCCCAGACCCUGGGAGAUCAACGCCGCACCCUCUAAACACUUCACCAAUCAAACGGAGGAGAUUCGUGUGCCCUACACCUCUUCCAUCAAGGUAUGCGACAAGUGCAAUGGCCAAGGGACAUUGCCCUGCACUGAGUGCAACGGAGAUGGAAAUAAACCGUGCUGGGUGUGCAAUGGCUCUGGAACGAGGAGCAAUGAAAACUGCACUCGCUGUAACGCUUCGGGAAAAGAGAGGUGUACAGUGUGUGCUGCUCGUGGAACGAAGGAGUGUGAUACCUGUAAAGGAAAACGACAACUGCUGAGUUACAUCAAACUGAAAGUGAAGUGGACAAACGAGGUGGAUGACCAUGUGGUGGAGCAGAACUCUGGUCUGAAAGUUGAUGAUCUGCGCUUAGUGAGCGGCAAGGAGCUGUUUAAGAGCAGCCAGGGCCCGAUCUACCCGCUGCUAGGGUUCCCAAACCCAUCCAUCUCUGAGGCUUCUGAGCGUCUUAUCAGAGAGCAUCAAUCCAAAUAUGCUCAAACUUCCAGGAUCCUGCAGCAGAGGCAGACGGUGGAAUUAAUCCCCAUCACCAAGGUAAACUACAAGUGGAAAGGUGACAUCCAUUUCUACUACGUUUACGGAAAUGAGAACAAAGUCAUCGCCAACGACUAUCCAGCCACCUGUUGCUGCGUCAUCCUGUAAACACACGAUCACAUAGCUAAAACCAGACUGUUGUUCUUUUUUCUCUUUGUGGCUCUAAUAUUACUUUUUCUGCAUCAAAUCAUCAAGUUAGAGGAAUAUUGCUUUUUCUUCCUAUUCCAGUCAACACUUUAGAGCCGCUGUCCAUUGCUCAGGUCAGACAUGUAUAGUCACGUCCACUGACACUUUUUUUUUCUUCUCAGAUUUUCACCAAGUUACAGUUACGUAAUGAAUAAGGGCAUUUAUUGGGUCAGAUUGCAAAAAUACUUAAAACAGUACAUCAAUUAACUGUGCACAGAAUAAAUCCUAAUACUUUUCUUGUAACCUCUGUUAGCAUGAUGAAUUUAGCUUAUUCUCUAAGAGUUUUGUUUUUUAGCUCUGGCUCUCAGACUCGUCCUCCAGUUAGAAUGAUGCAAUGCUUUACAAGGCAGACAGUUUUACUACAUACAAUAGCUCCUCAUCAUGUAUAUCUGCCAUAUCAAUCUUUAUUAACCCCAAAGAAGCUUCUUCUUUUUUUUUAUUUUUUAGCUAAAUUGUUUACAUUAUACACUCUAUAAAGAUUCUGUGUACUUUUGGACACUUUUUUAUGUUGUGUUUAUGUGUUGUUGUUUCUUUUGUUUUUCUUUUUUUUUUUUUAUAAAAGUUUACUAAAAGUGUGCUAUUGUUUGCCAUCUUGAUGUUUUUACAACAUCUAAAGUAUUGCUGUGAUUCCACCACUUCUUUUACAGUGGUGGUGCUGCUUUCCAUUGUGCCUUCAGCUGCUAACUGUAAACCAGGUCAAUACUGAGGUUUGGUUCAAUAGCAAAAGUUACGGCAUUGUCAUGCUUCAUAUCAAUGUUUUUGUUUUUUCGAAAAAAUGCAAAACUCAAAUAUUGCUAAGCUUUAUUUGUUUUGCCUUCCCUGCCACAUACAAUACACAAUUGUAUCACCGAACAAUGUACAUUAGACCUUGUCAGCUUCAUCUUUCUUCAUGUAAAAACAAUCAACUGGCAGUCUGCCCGACAGUGAAGGGUAUUCUGGGAAGGUGGAAUUAGAAAUCAACGAGUACUGUUUGUUGCCUGAAAGUUGUGACAGAAAAAGAUUGUAAAUAAAGACACAGCUGAGGUUUAUUUAGUGAAAAAUCCUGUAAACCACAAACUGAAAAGACUAUCUCCGAUCCUGGUGUUGUUCUUGGCUUAAAUGAAAACAUUUCUUUCUCGAGCCGUUUUUAAAACCUUAAAACCUUUUUGAUGUUUAGAUGGUUAUUGUUGUAUGUUCAUUACAUUACUAAUGUAAAAAUAGAUUGCAGCUUCACGUAUGUGGUUAACUGCUAAAACGUGGAUGGAGGGAAUCCAUGUUUUCUGUGUACACAUGUUUAAGUCAAGAGUUUGUUAUGAUCAUUACAAGUUACUUUACUCAGUCCAACCUGUGUAUCUGUGAUGUGGAGGAUAAAGCCACUUCAGUUUUUUUUACAUUUUUUUUCUUUGUUUAACCAGUCAUGCACAUGUUUUAUUUUCACUUGUUUGAUUCUUUGUUUUCUGACCGUUUAUGCAUUUAAAAGAAUGGAGUAUUUGCUUUGGAGCAGUUACCUUUUCAAUAGAACAAAAAUUAACUUUAACAUUCUUAUUUUCAUAAUGUCCACAUUGCAAAGUGUGGUUUUUGCAUUAAAUUGUUAGUGUAAUGCUUAACACUCACAUGUUGAGAGUGUCCUUGAACAAAGCUUAGUGUUAUAUCUCACAGUAAAGUUAUGGUGGAAUAUGAUAAGUCUUUAUUAUGUUGAGUGUUUCUUUGUCUGCAAUGUCCAUGGGGGGCUUCAAAAUGUGAGGCAGGCCUUCCCAGAGAGGCUCAGUGGUUGGAUAGGAGCAUAUAUUACCUCAGUUAUCAAAAGAAUUUGUAAUGUGGUUGUAAAGAUUAAAUACAAUAGUUGUAAAGGAAUUUGACUUUUUUUCUUACAGUAACAGACUAAUAAAUACCAUAUGAUAAAACAUUUAGGUAUUUAAGGCAGACUUGCACCGAGUACGUAUUAGAUUAGAAAUACUCACGAUUCUAUAGAUAUCUAGGAAUUUAGCAAACUAAGCAAAAAAGUAGGUUGAGUCAGGUCUUUUUUGCCACUUUAUCAAAGCUGCUACUAACAAACAUUUCUGCUACUAACCUCUAGAAUAGUCUGCUGUUGUCAUAAAUGAUUAAAAAGUAAAGUCUGAA